GUGACCCUGCGCUGAGCUCAGGCAUCUCACCCAUCGUGGGCUUGUCCUGGAGGUGACCUUGGGCUGAGCUCCGCGUGCCUGCUCUGGGAGCUGUUGAUUUACAAUGCAGAUUCCUCGCUCCUCGCCUGCCUGCCCCUGCCCCUCCUAAACUUGGCUGGGACAGAAGAGCCUGUUUGCUUUCUGAUGCCAACAGUGGCUGUGGCAGUCAGCCCUGCCAUGUGAGAGGCAGAGAUAGAGCAGAGGGGGCUAAGGAGGAGCAAACUGUGCAGCUGCUGUUGCGUCUGGUAGCCGAGGAGCACAUCUGUGGGACAAUGUCGGUGCUUACCCCGGUCCUGCAGCCCCCAGAGGUGAAGGAUUAUCUGUCCAAGGGCGAGCGCUUCAUCAAGUGGGAUGAUGAAACAGCAAGUGCUUCUCCAGUGAUCCUUCGAGUGGAUCCAAAGGGCUUUUACUUGUACUGGACCUAUCAGAGCAAGGAAAUGGAAAUGUUGGAUAUAACCAGCAUCCGAGAUACCCGUGCAGGGCGAUUUGCCAAAAUCCCCAAGUGCCAGAAGCUCCGAGAGGUUUUUAACUUGGAUUACCCUCACAGCACCUUCCUGCUUAAGACUCUGACUGUUGUGUCUGGCCCUGACAUGGUGGACCUCACUUUCCAUAACUUUGUGUCCUACAAGGAGAACGUUGGCAAGAGCUGGGCAGAGGACAUCAUGGCCAUUGUGCGGAACCCCCUCACGGCCAACGCGUCUCGGUACACCUUCCUGGAGAAAAUCCUGGUGAAGCUGAAGAUGCAGCUGAAUGCAGAGGGGAAGAUUCCUGUCAGGAAUAUUUUUCAGAUGUUUCCUGCAGACAGGAAGAGGGUAGAAGCAGCCUUAAGUGCUUGUCAUCUUCCAAAGGGCAAGAAUGAUGCCAUCAACCCAGAGGACUUCCCUGAGACUGUGUACAAAACCUUCCUCAUGAACCUGUGUCCACGGCCUGAGAUUGAUGAGAUAUUUACCUCACACCAUUUAAAAGCAAAGCCCUACAUGACCAAGGAGCACUUGGCCAAGUUUAUCAACAAGAAGCAGCGAGACUCUCGCCUCAACGACAUCCUGUUCCCACCAGCCAAACCUGAGCAGGUGCAGAGCCUCAUAGAGAAGUAUGAGCCCAGUGGGAUUAACAUCCAGAGAGGACAGUUGUCUCCAGAGGGGAUGGUCUGGUUUCUCUGUGGCCCUGAGAACAAUGUUGUAGCACUGGACAAACUGCUGCUGUACCAGGACAUGACCCAGCCACUCUCCCACUACUUCAUCAAUUCCUCACACAACACCUAUUUAACAGCUGGCCAGUUCUCUGGCAUCUCCUCUCCCGAGAUGUAUCGCCAGACGCUGCUGGCCGGCUGCCGCUGCGUGGAGCUGGACUGCUGGAAGGGCCGGCCCCCGGAUGAGGAGCCCAUCAUCACUCAUGGCUUCACCAUGACUACUGAGAUCCUCUUCAAGGAUGCCAUUGAGGCCAUUGCAGAAAGUGCUUUUAAGACAUCUCUCUACCCUGUCAUCCUGUCCUUUGAGAACCACGUGGACUCGCCCAAGCAGCAGGCGAAGAUGGCUGAGUACUGCAGAACCAUCUUUGGAGACAUGCUACUGACAGAGCCUCUGGAGAAGUACCCACUGAAGCCAGGAGUUCCUCUGCCAAGUCCUAAGGAUCUCCUGGGGAAAAUCUUGAUUAAGAACAAAAAGAACCAAUCUGUAUCUGGGAAGAGGCAGAACUCUUUGAAGAAAGGGAAGAAUGUGGAACCAGAAAUCAUGGAGCAGCCACCCCCUGUGGAUGCUGAAGAUACUGUCUGGGCAGGUGAUGUGGCUGAAGAGGAACCAGAGGAAGAGGAUGAACACCUUGGAAACCUGGAUGAAGAGGAAAUUAAAAAGAUGCAGUCUGAUGAGGGCACUGCUGGUUUGGAGGUGACAGCCUACGAGGAGAUGUCCAGCCUUGUUAAUUACAUACAGCCCAUCAAAUUUGACUCCUUUGAAGUCUCUGCUCAGAAGAACCGGAGUUAUGUCAUCUCCUCCUUCACCGAGCUGAAGGCUUAUGACCUACUAACCAAGUUCCCUGUGCAGUUUGUGGAAUACAACAAGCGCCAGAUGAGCAGGAUCUACCCCAAAGGCACCCGGAUGGACUCCUCCAAUUACAUGCCCCAGAUGUUCUGGAACGUCGGCUGUCAGAUGGUGGCACUCAACUUCCAGACCAUGGAUGUCCCCAUGCAGCAGAACAUGGCUCUCUUUGAGUUCAACGGGCAGUGUGGCUAUCUGCUGAAGCAUGAAUUCAUGAGGCGCCCAGACAAGCAGUUUGAUCCCUUCUCUGUGGACCGCAUCGACGUGGUGGUGGCCAGCACCCUCUCCGUCACGAUACUCUCUGGUCAGUUCCUCUCUGACCGCAGUGUGAAGACUUAUGUGGAAGUUGAGUUGUUUGGGUUGCCAAGGGACACAAAACGCAAAUACAGAACCAAGCUGACCUCCACUGCCAAUUCCAUUAACCCUGUCUGGAAAGAGGAGGCUUUUGUGUUUGAAAAGAUCAUGAUGCCUGAGUUGGCCUCUCUCAAAAUUGUGGCUUGGGAGGAAGGAGGGAAGUUCAUUGGGCAUCGCAUCAUUCCUGUCAUUGCAGUGCACUCAGGCUACCACCACGUCUGCCUGCGCAGCGAGAGCAACAUGCCCCUCACCAUGCCCUCGCUCUUCGUCUACCUGGAGGUGAAGGACUACGUCCCUGAUGCCUGGGCAGAUCUGACUAUUGCUCUCUCCAACCCCAUCAAGUUCUUCAGUCUGCAAGACAAGAGAUCAGUUAAGCUGAAGGAUGGCUCAGUGGAGAGGCCUGGCACACACAGGAACCUCCCAUCUGCUGAAGCUAACGGGAUAUCAGACUCCAGUUGGAAACUGGGGAUUCCUCUUCCAAAUGGGCCUGCAGGAGCAGCAGCAUUCGCCAAGGACGAAAAUAUGAGAGCAGUGACACAGAUAGCAGAGCCUCAGACAGCAAGCCUGGCAGAGCUGCAGCAGAUGAAGCACUUUCUGAAGCUGCUGAAGAGGCAGAAGAAGGAACUAAGGGAACUGGAAAGGAAAGGAAGUAAACGGAGGGAGGAGCUGCUGCAGAAAUAUUCUGUGCUUUUUUGGGAGCCUGUCUGCUCUGGAAGCAAAAAAAGGAUGAUGCACUCUAGGAAAACCCAGAAGAAGAGGAGUUUGACAACAGGUGAUGUUGGUACCUGUGCACACCCUGUAGACAUGGCAGAAAGCAUUGACAGCCAAGUGCUGGAACUGAGAGAGAGGCUGGAGAUGGAGCUGAUCCAGCUUGGGGAGGAACACCACAAUGGGAUUCGAAGAAAGAAAGAGCAGCAUGCCACAGAGCAAGUCAGCAGGAUAACAGAGCUGGCCAGAGAGAGGCAGGCAGCUGAGCUGAAGGCACUGAAGGAGUCAUCUGAAAGCAACAUUAGAGACAUUAAGAAGAAGCUGGAGGCAAAGAGAGUGGAUCGAAUCCAGACCAUGAUGAGGAACACGAGUGACAAAGCUGCUCAGGAGAGGUUGAAGAAAGAAAUUAAUAACUCUCACAUCCAGGAAGUGGUGCAAACAAUCAAGCUGGUGACAGAAAAGACAGCCAGGUACCAGCAGAAACUGGAGGAGAAGCAGGCAGAUAAUCUGAGAGCAAUCAAGGAGAAGGAAAGUCAGCUCCAGCAGGAGGCACUGGCAGAGUAUGAGGAGAAACUGAAAGGCCUGAAUACAGAGGUGCAGGAGAUGGUGAAGAACUACACAAGAGCAGGAUUUCUUGGAGUGCCACAGACUCAGCAGGAAGCAACUCAGAGCCUUCCUGAGGGAGAACAAGGCUCUGCAGAACAACAGGAAGAAAAGCCCCCAGCAGCAGAGGUGUCCAGGCUUAGAGCAGCCAUGGCUGAGCCCCCAGGAGCUGAACCAGAUGGCAAGAUUGAAGCAACCAUUUUGUGAGAGGCACUUCCCUUACUGUUCCACUUCAGGAAGGUUUAUGGAGCUGCGUAGUGAAGACCAGCCUAACAAACUACUGCUGUCCCUUCCCACUCCAGGGAACUCCUGAAAUCCUUCAGGAAUUUACUGCUCUAUUAUCCUAGGUAUUGGUACCUAGAGAUCUGCCCUUCACUCAUUGUGUCUUCCUCAACCUUAGCACAGAGGGGUUUAAGCAGCACAAAGAGACCUGUGGCUGGAGAGAAGUGAGUUCUUGGCAUCCACAGCAGCAGCUGCAUGAAAAAUUCAGUCUGGCUUCAGACUCCAGGUUUUAGAGUAACUUUCCUCAGCAUCUACUACAUGCAGCUCUUCACAUCAGCAUGGGCUCAGAGCUAGAUCUCUUUGAAGGAAAUUUAACUGGGAGACAUUCUCCAGUAACAACCUCAUAUAUUCCUACCAGUUGAGGGCUAGCCCAGAAUACAGCUUCCUGAGAUACAUCCAAGUGUGGGUGGCCAAACUGUCCUCUAAAGCACCAUUCCUUCUGGCAGCACUACCUGCUCAUGUGGAGCCAGCCUCAGGUUAGAGGACAGGUCAGCUGGACAGAACCUUGGACCAGCUGGUGACAACAGACAGCUUCCAUGCACAGCCAGGGCUGGCUUUGUAGCUGCUCACACUCCCCAGGCAGCUGAGGACAGCACAUUGCUGUCUGCACACCAGGACCCAGCAUUUCCCUCUGUGGAAAUGGGCAUUACCAGCACUGGGGCUACCUUCAUUUUCUGGCCUGGCCUCUUCUUGUGUGUCCUGUCCUGUCCUGUCCUGUGAUCCUCUCUCUUGAUUUCCACUUUGCCUCUCACAAACCUUCAGGCAGGUUCUCAGAUCUGAAUCCAUAUCUCCUGAAGACCCUGAGCAGGCUUCUUGGGCAAUUCUAAGGCAUAUUGUGAAGAGUCAAAGAGCUUUAACAUUUGUUCUAGUCCCCUCAAAAACACUUGCAGAGUUCUCCUCUGCAGAAGCUGGAUAUUUUUGGAGCUUCACUGAAUUUUUUUUCUUAUGUAGCUAAAUUAGUUCCAUAUUAUGGGCUUAGGGUAACUACAGUGAGCAACCUAAAUUAUUUGAAAAUGAUUGUGUUGCUCAAAUAAAGAGCCAGCCAGCUACAGUACCCCCAGGGUUCCCUUAGACAGCUCAGUCCUGGUGGUCUUAGGCUGAUGGAUGGGCUCAAUGAUCUUAGAGCUCUUUUGCAACCAAAACGAUUCUGUGAGUUUGUAAAACACAUUGAACUGUCCACUCAAGUGCAGAAAGUUCUCAGGAGCUCUUUUCCAUGCUGCCAUCCCAGUUGGUGACAACAGGGGGCUCAGCAGUGACCUGUAGAACUCCUUUCCUGUUAACUGGGAAAUCCAAACUCCUCAGCUGUGUUCUUUGCUCACUUCCCAUUUCUCCCUGCAGCCUGGGCAGCUGCAGCUAACAGCAGUUUCCCUUUAGGGACAGAAGUGAGAAAUCUUGUUCCAAGGUCUAACUUGGAAAAGUUGCCCAGCUGUAUGAUUUCAAAGGCUGAGUGGCCCUCAGCCUCUCACAGCCCUGACAGGUGCACACUGCUCUCUGUCUUCCCUAACAAACCCUUCUAGCAGAACACAGGUGGAGGGACAGAUGCCCAACAUUUUGGUCUUGUCAUUCAGCAGCAAAGGGCUAGGUUCCUCAUAACCACCUUUCCAUCUCCCCAGACCUCAAAUAUUGUGAUGACAGAACUUGCACCUACUUUCCCUCACCUGUUUGGUGGCCUUGUGACUCAACAGCUUUGACACAGCAAGUUCUUAGCUCUUCCAGCAGGAGGAACUGGAACCAUAUUGUCCAACUCUUUUCCUAGCACCAUGUGGGACAGAUUCUGCUCGUGGAUGCUAAAAAAAAGCAGGAAACAGCAAUAAUUCAGCUCAGCUACAUCCCAGCCUUCCUCACACCAUGUCCUGAAAUAAUCUUAGCCCAGGAAUUAAGGUUUGGCCUCCAAAAGUCUGUGUGCACCAGGUCACAGGGACCCUAAAAAGAGUCACUCCUCUUCAGUCACCCAUCAGUACCCAGCAAGCAUCAUUAAUAGAGGGGGAAGGAGAUCCACUUGGGGAACCCAAAGCAAAUGGGAACUAUUUGUCCUAGGGAUAAACCACUGUAGGUCAAAUCUUCCAGUUGUGCAUGGAAACAACAAAAGCCAAACCAACAACCACCAACAACCCCCACCUAAACACUGCUGAAAAAAAAGAAAGGGAGAUGAAACCCCCCCACCCUCACCUUGUAGUUGAGCAGAUCUGGGACUGCAUCAAGUCUUGGUACCAGCAGCCUGGAGAACUUUGUGCUGGUGAAACCUUCAGAGUAUUGAUGUGACUGGUCCUUUUACUGCUGCCUUACAGAGCUGCAGAGGGUGGGGUGGCUUUGAACUAACCACAGAGAAGAAACAGGUGAGACCAUGGUCUGAGAAGAAGCUUAUUCCAUCCUCUUGUUAUCAAAACCUUGGCCUUAAUUUGAGACAGUAGCAGGGAGGUGUGCUCCUGGCUGAAGCCACAGUCUCUCUUCUCUCCUCAAGAUGUUCAGUGCCACACUGCAGCAUAAUCUCUGUCACAGAGUCCCCUGUUUGCCCCUCAACUUGCUCUUCAGGUUUGUCUUUCCUGGAGCAGGGAGCUCAGUGGCAACAAACCUGCAGCCUGAGAGCAGUUCCACCUGGACACUGCGCAAAAGACAUGUCCUGAAGUGCUGCUAUCAGCCACCAACCAGCUCACCUGGGGCUGGGACAGGAUCUUCCCAGCCUGCUCUGCCAUCAAGAGCAGCCCACAUCCCACCCCCUGGUGGUAACUUCAUACUGGAAUUGUACAUUUCUGACUUAUUUAUUGUCUACAGAAAUAAAACCUUGCAUUUCUUAAAACAUGGUGAA